AUGAUACAAAUUAGAGCCUUUUAGAAAAUAACCCAAAAAUUUAUCAUCCAAAAUCACUUCCAAACUAAAGUCAUGGAUGUUGAGCAAGAGGAUUUUCAAUCCCUAGGAUUUUUUGGCAUCUUGAAAAAAUCAUUGAAAACUAUUGUGUCAUGGCCUAAAAUCUUUUUCCAAAUCACCCUUGCUUUUAUUUUCCCUCAAUAUUGUCUUUUCUUCGCCAACGAUGGAAUUUCUAAGUUUCUCAUUAACAAGAUGAUUCAUGAGUCCAUGAUCAACCAAGAUGGUUCUCCGUCUUUAAGCAAUGUUUCCAACUCGACCUCUUCUGAAUGGGCUAUAUAUUCGAUUAUCAACAUGGUCUAUGUUGUACUUUCUGUAUCCUUAUCUCUACUUACCACCUCAGCUGUCGUCUACACAGUUGCUUGCAUAUACACGGGCAAGGAUUUCACCUUUAAAAAGGUCGUGAGUGUGGUUCCAAAGAUAUGGAAGCGGCUCAUGAUGACUUUUCUAUGCCUUUUUUGCAUAAUGUUUACCUACACUUUUAUUCUUUCCAUAGUAGCAAUCGUGUUCGCCACGUUGUUUUACAAAGCGGGGAUAGGAAUGGCCAUAAUAGGGUUCAUCUUUGCUACUUUAGCCAUGGUGGGAUUACUCUUCAUGGUUAUGAUAUGGCAAUUGGCUAAUGUUAUUUCAGUAUUAGAGAAGUAUUAUUGGUUUGAAGCCUUGAAAAAGAGUAGAGAGUUGAUCAAGGGCAAAAUGGGAACCUCAUUUGCUUUACUUUUGGUGCUAAACCUUCUUGCAAUGCCAUUUAUGGUAUUGCUUCAAAAAUAUUAUGGUUUUGGAAUUAUAGAGAGAACUUGUGUUGGUAUAAGUAUAGUAGUGUUAGGGAGUUUGCUUACCCUUAAUAGUCUUGUUGCCCAAACAGUUUUCUAUUUUGUGUGCAAAUCAUAUCACCAUGAAAGUAUUGACAAAUUCUCAUUGGCUAAACAUCUUGACGAGUACCUUGGAGAAUAUGUGCCUUUGAAGGAUGAAGCUGUGUAAGUUAAAGAUCUUCAAGUAUAACAAGAAGCCAAUGCAAGAAGGCCGAGCACAUCGAUAAUUUAUGCACGGAUUGUGUGUGUAUAAUAAUAUAAAAUUUUGGUUUAUAUAUGGUGAACAAGAUGUGUAUCAGUGUAUUUGUUUCUGGUAAAAAAUAAAAUUGAGUAAGUCAUUAUGUUUGAA